AAGUUAGAGUGAGGCGUGACAGUGUUGACAGUUCCAGGCGAGGAUCUCUGUAGUGCUUUCACUUUCUCGAGUUUACAAACACAUUUCUCAGUGAAUCUGGGGGCCAUCCACUCCAAAAUUACCAGCCACAGCAACAUGCAAACCAAUAAUAAAAAGAAAACGCCGGGGUGGGAGGAAAAAAAAGCUCAGUUAUUGAAGAUGGCUCUGGAGGAAAGGCGUAAGGAAUAUCAUCACAGAGACUAUGUACCACUGGAGAAUAUACCUACAUGGGACAAAGAGAGCCAAAGAAGAAUCCAGGGUACUGAUGGUGAUGUGCAGGAUCCAUCAAACGUAAAUGAUAGUUUAAGCAGCAAGGUCGCUCUCUACAGAGGUGAUAUAACAGCAUUAGAGAUCGAUGCAAUAGUUAAUGCAGGAACUACACCACUUUCCAAGAAAAAAAAAAUACUGUGGAGGAUUAAAAGCAUAUACAGAAGAAGAAAUGAUGUUGAAGGAGGUGAGGGAAGUACCAAGACAGUUAAGCUUUGUGAGCUAAUUGCUCAAGAGAAGCCAAGACGAGAAACACUAAGCAGUCAGCCAGAAGCUACACUAAUGGCAUGA